AAAAAGCAACCAAACAGCAAGAUGGGUGGUCUUAAGUUAGCUUCCACUGAACCGGACAAAUUUCCGAUUUCGGUUCACUGCUUGCAAGGUAGCAAUUCCCCCGAUAAGGGCAUGGAUGUUACAACACUCAGUUCUCCUUCACUUCCCCUGAUAAAUAUGUAGGCCAUACUCUUGAAGAAGAGAUCGAUAAUUAUCGGUUACUUAGUUUGACGGAAUUGUCUGCACUACUGAUGUGUUUUGGUCUUACACCGAUUAUUCACCUUGCUUUCAAUUUUUGUUGUCCGAUAAUUUUACAACUGAGCAAUUGAAGAAUAUUUCAGGAUGAAUGUUAAAGUUGACAUUGGCAGGAUUUGAACUCAGAUGAUAACAGCCAGUUGAAGGACCAGUAGUUAUGUCCAACUAAUCAGCCCAUUCAUUUUCCUUGUUUGCAAAAUUAUUAUCUUUCAGUCAACAAAAUGAUGCAAGGUUUGGUGCCGAAGUGUCUUCGAUUUCUCAGAGGUCUAAAUCGAGAGCUACAACUGAAGACAACCCGUAGCAAUAUUUGUACAAAAAUAGAUGAUGUUCUAGAUAUGAAUUAUAUUCCAAGGAAAGCUGUGCUCUAUGUCCCUGGAAGUGACAUUAAAAAGCUCAACAAAAUCCCUUCUCUUAAAGCUGACUGUAUUGUAUUGGACUGUGAAGAUGGAGUGGCUUAUAAUAAGAAGGAAGAAGCCCGGGUGAAUAUUUCCAAGAUGUUGGGUGAAAUUGAUUUUGGUAAAGCUGAUUGCACUGUACGUAUAAAUUCCAUCAGUACCGGAAUGACUGAAAAAGAUCUUCGGCAGAUCCUUACUGCCUCCCGUCUCCCUCAGACAUUACUUCUACCGAAAGUUGACUAUGUCCAAGAAAUUGAAGAAUUCACAUCAUUAUUUGAAGAAAUAUGUAUUCAGUCCAAGAUAACGUCAUGGAAACCAGCCUUAAUCACAUCUGUAGAGACUAGUAUUGGUCUGUUAAAUCUUCAAGCUAUCCUACAAAGAUUCACAGAAUUGUCUCAAACAGGGUGUCAUUAUUAUCUAGAUGGAGUAUUGUUUGGAUCAGAUGAUUUCUGUGCUGAUAUAGGUGCUACCAGAAGUCGAGAAGGGAGUGAAUUGUUGUAUGCUCGACAGAAGAUAGUUGCUACAGCAAAAGCCUUCCGCCUUCAAGUUAUUGAUAUGGUUGAUAUUAACUUCAAAGACUUAGAUUCACUGAAGAUACUCUGUGAGGAAGGUGCCAGAAUGGGAUUUACUGGGAAGCAAGUUAUUCAUCCUUCACAGAUACCAAUAGUCCAAGCAGCUUUUAAUCCCUCACCAGAGAAAGUAGCAUGGGCUGCAGAGCUCAUUAAACAGUUUGAAGAACAUCAAAUCCAGGGGAAGGGGGCCUUCACAUAUCACGGCCAGAUGAUCGACAUGCCUUUGUUAUUACAAGCCAAGAAUAUUGUCAAAAUGGCAAAUUAACACUGACAUUCACAAAAACAAAAAUUAUUUUUUUACUAUUUAUUUUUUUCUUGUUGAUUAAUAUUGUUGUUUUAGCAACUGUGAGGAAUAAAUUGUUUUAAUUGUAAA